AUGGCGGUGUCGGGGGACUUGGUCGAUUUCGGCCUGAUUGAGGCACAGAAAGAGAACGUCCAAUCUCUCCCUGGAGGACGGUCAGCGAGGGCCCUUGCUGCAGUUCUUUCUGGGGGAUCGGGUGGUGCCGCAUCGUCUCCAGGAUUGAACGAAACGAGAACCCUUAACGAUACCAUUCGACAAGAAUAUGAGCUCGAACUUCAAUCCAUUGCAGAAUCAGAUGAUCCAUUGGACAUAUUCGAUCGCUACGUGAAAUGGACUUUAGAUGCAUAUCCGUCGACCCAGGCUACGCCGCAAUCAGGUCUUCUCCCACUACUUGAACGCGCAACAAAGGCAUUUUUGUCUUCUAACCAUUAUAAAAAUGAUCCACGAUAUCUAAAGCUAUGGCUCCAUUAUAUUCGUCUCUUCUCUGACGCACCGCGUGAAACUUUUGCCUUCUUGGCGCGUCAUGGGAUUGGAGAGACUCUUGCACUAUUCUACGAAGAGUUUGCGGCUUGGCUAGAAUGUGCUGGGAGGUUCUCCCAGGCAGAAGAGGUUUAUCAGCUAGGUCUACAACGGGAAGCACGACCUACUGAACGCUUACUACGAAAAUUCGGUGAAUUUCAAAAUCGCCUUGAGCAGCGGCCAGGGGACUCCAACGGACCAUCUUCACCCGCUCUGCCCAAAGUAAGGCCAGCAUUGGCGGCUAAAACUGAUCCAUUUGCGUCCGAUGCGUCGUCACCAGUGGACCCCCAGGCCCCAGCUCCAACAACCGCUAUAGGACCCCCUUUGAAGAGAUCGGGAAAAUCAAAAAUCACUAUUUUCUCUGAUGUUGACGGUGCACAAGAUGGUGGGAAACCACUGGCCGGUAGUGAAACCAAAGGAUGGGAUACAAUUGGAUCGCUUCAAGACCGCAAGAAAGAGAAUACGGUGGAGGCGAAACAGUGGGUAGGCGAAACGUUGAAAUCAGGGAAACGGGUUGGGACGGUGCAAAAGAUGGCGGUCUUUAAGGACGAGACAUCUAUAUCUCGGUCCACGUCAGGACAUCCACAAGCAAUAAUAUCAAACAAUAUUCCAAUUCACCGCAAUGAAAAGGAAACUAUCAAUUCCAGGACUGGUAAAGUUGAACGGGUGUUUGUCAACCUUGAAGCCAUGUACCCUGAUCCUGAGAAUCCUCAUGUUGAAAUAAGUCUUGAGGAACUACGAGCGUCAAGCCGUGGCUGGAUGGAGAAAGACUGGUCAAAGAAGGACCAAGGGACUUUGAAAGAGAUAUCUGUAAAUGUUCCGUAUAGAGCCCCACCUCACCAACAUAAAGAAGAUAAGGUGGACAAGAACAUAGAAACACAAUUGCAGGAAAAACUCGUAAUAUUCGAUGACCGAACGUUGCCACAUGAAGAUCCUCAGGGCGCGGAAAAUAAUCGUGAUGGGAAAGGAAGCAAGUUGAGGCGCCUAAAGGUUCUCGAAGUCAAAGGAGAAACACAGACAAUCAAAACUAAUCUGGAAUCUCCAACGGGGCCAAGGAUAAAACGCAAAAUUUCAUCAGAGCCCACAAUGACUCUACAUACUCGAGCUGCUACAGAUGAAAUAUAUAGUAUAUUCAAUCAGCCACUUAAAUCAGAACUGGGUGGAGAUCGGGCGGAAAGCGUUUGUGGGAGUGACUAUGAGGACGAUGAUUACACAAGUGCCUGGGAGAGCACAUGCACAGGCAGAAUAUCUGGAGCAGCCAGCGAGUUUGGAGACGAAGAAACGACCGGGUUCAGGAAGACAAGGGAAAACAAUGAUCUUGAGGAGGAUGAUACACGAGCGGAUAGUGUUGGUGUUAGUGAAUGGACAGAAUUCACUGCCAGUCGACACAUCCCGAAUAUCAGCCCAGAAGGAAGCAAUGAACAAAGCGAACACAUAACACAAUCAUAUAUCGGUGGCGCUGAAGCCAUGACAGCCACAAAUCUUCUCGAUUCCUCCUCGAUACCGCAAAGAGAUAUCUCUACUCCAUCCGCUGGAAUGCCUCAAACUAAGCCCAGGUUUGUGCCCGUUCCUCCGGAAGACUACAACGCACCUUUGGGGCCUUAUCGGGACGCAGCCGUUGUGGCCAAAAAUCGACUCCCAUUCAUGACACCAAUCGUCGAAAUGACGGAAUCAUCAUUUUCGUCCACGGCAUUCAACGAGAAGAAGUAUUUGCACACGAAAACUCCCUCAAGAAAAGCUGUUCCCAUUACCCCUAUGAUCCCAGAGAUGGAUGACUUGCUACUCAGCAGCCCAUUCCAUGAGUUUACCCAAACAAAUGAUACCCAAUUUACAUGCAUGCCUGACGAGAGCUCCCCAAGUCGACUGGUGAAGAAGCUUAAGCCUUCUCCAAAGAAAAUAAAAUCUCCUUCCAGACAGCAGGUCAUCAUUGACGAGUUGCAAUGCAAUCCGAUCGACCCUCAAGUCAGACAGAAGGUCUUGAAGAACGUCUAUCCCUCACUGCAGACGUACCUGGGUUACCACGACCACGGAAACCAAACCGCAGGUCGCGCUAUCGAUAUACGCAAAUACAUCAAAAGUAUCUCAAAGCAAACCAAGAGUGCUGGGGGAGAGAGACCAUCUGCAACGCCUCCCAUUCUCUGUUUUGCCGGAGCCAACAGGAGCUAUGCUAUCAAUCAAGAACUAGGAGAAGGCGGUUUUGCUGCAGUAUACCUGGUUGAAAGUGUGGAUUCGCCCGAUACAUUCACGUCCGAUUCUGAACCGGAGAAAGAUAUGCUAACUGCGAACAACAAGAGACGAGUUUCUGCAGGAGUGAGCCCCUUUAAACCUCGACGGAACACUGAACGCCGGGGUUUAGAAGCACUCAAGGUGGAAUCUGAGUCCCCAUCCGCUUGGGAGUUCUACAUGCUUCGCAUCGCACAUGCACGCCUCUGUUCAUCCCCUAGCUAUAGCCGUGUGACUGACAGUAUCAUAAAAGCGCAUGAGAUGCAUAUGUUCAAAGAUGAAGGAUAUCUUGUGGAAGACUACCAGAAUCAGGGAACCCUGAUCGACCUAAUCAACGCCGCGACAAAUGGCUCCUCUGGAUCAACGGAACAAGGGCUGGACGAAAGCGUGGUCAUGUUCUUCGCUGUGGAAUUAUUUCGUACCGUGGAAGCACUCCAUGCGUGCGGUAUCCUCCACGGUGAUCUCAAAGCGGACAACUGCCUCGUCAGAUUGGACGAACCUUGCGCUGCGUCCUUAUCCCUCCUCGAUGACGACUCUGAGUUGGAUUCUCAGCCAGGAUAUUCCCCUUCAGGCGCAGGAGGCUGGCGAAAAAAAGGUUUAACGCUCAUUGACUUUGGUCGUGCAAUUGAUAUGAGCGUCUUCCCCAAGGCUGUCCAGUUCAUUGCAGAUUGGAAGAUCGGUUCUCACGAAUGUUCUGAGAUGCGGGAAUGUCGACCCUGGACUUACCAGGUCGAUCUGUACGGACUUGCGGGCAUCAUUCACAUUCUCCUCUUUGGCAAGUACAUGGAAGUUGCGCCAGUUACCGGUAAUCGAAGCUCCGCUGGCGAAAAUGGAAGCCGAAGGUCAGGCGGGACUUUUGGGCUAGAUAUCCCUUGUGCUGGGGGAGCGGGAUUGGGAGCCAAAAAGACUUAUCGCCUCAAGGAGUCUCUGAAGAGAUAUUGGGAGCGUGAGAUCUGGGCUGAGGUUUUUGACCUCUGUCUUAAUCCCAGUAAUGAUAAAUGGGUGCAGAUGGAGCGAAAGUCGGUCGCACCGCUAGAGUCUGGAACCAAUACAGAAAACGGUAGUAAUAUUCCUGAUUGCGGUGGCCCCACACUGCCCGUUCUCAAUUCGAUGAGGUAUAUUCGGGAGAAGAUGGAGGGCUGGCUUGUGGCGAAUGCUGAGAAGAAGAGAUUGCAGGCCCAGCUUGGGAAGCUGGAAAAGCUGAUUGCGAAAUAA